CCCACCAUUUUUGGCAGCCCAGUUUCUUCCCACCGGGUUUUCCUUCGCCUUAUCGCUGCCUUUGGCCUCUGUGCUCCCGGGUGUCCUCUGGGCAGGCCCCGCUACAGUGGAGGCUCCCCGUGCCCUCCUCAUCUUGAAAACGAGGAUUCAGCGGCCAUUCAGUCGUGGAUAUGCUCAAGAUCUGCGGCGUGGCAGUUGCGCAAACAGGCCUUAAUCCUUGCUUUGAAAUUAUAAAAACUUCAUUAUCAGAUCAUGAGAAACCUGUGGAUAUAAUUUGCUGUGAUUUCAGGAUAGUGUGUGGCUGAACAGCCAGUGACAUCCUGAUUAACCAGGUGGUUUUUGGGAAGAAGCUGCCACCCUUUUCAACAAUCAUACUCAGCCAGUUACAACAUGAGAAGAAAUAUGACAUCUAUUUUACUGAUGGAAAGAUUUAUGCUCUUUAUGGGAAACUCCUGCAACACGAAUGCCCUCUGUGCCCGGACUCCCGGGCCUUUCCUGCCAUUGUGGAAUUGGAACAGCACAUGAGGAAGCAGCAUGAGCUCUUUUGCUGCAAGCUCUGCGUGAAGCACCUGAAGAUCUUUACAUAUGAGCGCAAAUGGUAUUCCCGCAAGGAUCUUGCUCGGCACAGAAUCCAUGGGGAUCCUGAUGACACAUCUCACCGGGGGCACCCCUUGUGUAAAUUUUGUGAUGAGCGAUAUUUGGAUAAUGAUGAGUUACUAAAGCACCUGAGGAGAGACCACUAUUUCUGCCACUUCUGUGAUUCCGAUGGAGCUCAAGAAUAUUACAGCGAUUAUGAGUAUCUCCGCGAACACUUCCGGGAGAAGCACUUCCUUUGCGAAGAAGGUCGGUGCAGCACCGAGCAGUUCACCCACGCCUUUCGGACCGAAAUUGACUACAAAGCCCACAAGACGGCUUGUCACAGCAAAAACCGGGCUGAAGCCAGGCAGAAUCGGCAGAUUGACCUGCAGUUCAACUAUGCCCCGAGACACCAGCGGAGAAACGAGAGUGUUGUGAGUGGUGAAGACUAUGACGAAGUUGACCGGUAUAACAGGCAGGUGAGAGGAAGCAGGUCAGGAGCCCGAGGUGGGCAGCAGAACAGGAGAGGCAGCUGGCGAUACAAGAGAGAGGAAGAAGACCGAGAUGUUGCUGCAGCCGUUCGGGCCUCAGUAGCUGCCAAAAGGCAAGAAGAGAAAAACCGGAUGGAAGACAAAGGGGACAGCUGCCGUGCCAAGAAGGAAGAUGCCAAAGAUCCUGAGCCAACAGUCUCUAAGCGAGGGGUGAAGCCUUUAUCCGAAGAAUCAGUUCCUAAGGAAGUGGCUCCCAAGGCUGCCUUAAGCAAAGAUGACUUUCCUGCCAUUGGCCUGCCAAGCGUGGAUUCUGUGCAGAGCUCAUCUCAGUUGGCGCCAGUAAAACUUGAUGAAGAGGACUUUCCCAGGCUCUCCUUCUCCUCUGCUCCACUUGUGGUCUCUGCCACUCUGCCCUUGUCGUACAUGGCUACAGCCCAAAAGACGGGCUUUCAGGAGGAGGACUUCCCUGCCUUGGUCUCCAAAGUCCGACCAAGCAGUAGGAUGGUGUCGACCCUCGCCUCGGCCUGGAGUGGUGGCUCCAGUAAGAACAUGGCCCGAGCCAUCACGGCCACAGCCAGCCAGCCGGCCAGAAAAGGGCCCCCUCCCAGCAGCAGCAAAGCAAGCAAAAAGAGCAAGGUGGUAUUCCCUGGCAACUCUCAGGACAGCAGCGGCAGCGUAUCCUCUCAGGAGAUCCGUAGUGCGCCAACAAUGGUGGAUGUGUCCUCCUUGCUGGCAGCCUCCAACUCUCAGACUUUUGCCAAAGUGGGUAAGAAGAAGAAAGUUGGGACUGAGAAGCUGAGAACAGCCUCACCCUCCGUCUUGCAGGAGGUGCCAGCCGCCCCCCAUUCUCUCGAGAAGGCAGACGAUGCUGAGCAGCCCUCAUCCGUCGCUGCCAGUCCUGACCUUCCCAGCACAUCUGCCACUCUGGUGAACGGUCACUCAGAAAAGCCCACACUGUCAUGCAGGGCUUCCAAAGAGCCCCCUGGCCUUAAGAAGCCACCCGGAGGUGGCCAGUGCCUGUUGCCUCAGGAAGACUUUCCAGCCCUUGGGAAUGCCGGGCCACCUCGGAUGCCUCCACCCCCAGGUUUCAAUUCUGUGGUGCUACUUAACAGCCCCCCACCCCCUCCUGGGCUGUCGGUGCCUCCUAGUAAGCCACCCCCUGGCUUCACUCCCAUUCCAACCACCAGUACUUCAGAAAAUGCCCCAGCUCCAGUGAAAGAGCCCAAACUCUGUCAGGGACCCUAUCUGAUCCUGGAAAACUUCCAGCAACGGAACAUCCAGCUAAUUCAGUCAAUCAGAGAAUUUCUUCAAGAAGAUGAAUCUCAGUUCAACAAAUUUAAGACGUAUUCGGGACAGUUCAGGCAGGGUCUGAUUUCAGCAGAGCAGUACUACAAAAGCUGCCAGGAGCUCUUGGGUGAGAACUUCAAGAAGAUCUUCAAUGAGCUCUUGGUCCUCCUGCCAGACACAGCCAAGCAACAGGAACUGCUCUCUGCAUAUCAGGACUUGAAGGGCAAAGCUCCAGCUGGCUCCUCCCCGCCCUCCUCCUUGACCUGGUCCAAGAAGAACCGAAAGGGGGUCUGGCACACAGAGCCGCCUUCUGACCUUGACUGCUGCGUCUGCCCCACUUGCCAGCAGGUGCUGACCCAGCAGGACCUCGUUUCUCACCAAGCCCUGCACCUGGAGGAGGAUGAGUUCCCUUCCUUGCAGGCCAUUAGCCGGAUCAUCAGCUAGCUGUCCCAGGUGACCAAUAAAGUUAGUCUCCCUCUGAAAAGUGGCUCUUCUCAGGCAGGUUCUCUACCCAGGGGAGAGGAGCCAGCUGUGUGUGUGGGCCAAAGGGCCUUGGGACCUGAGGAAGAAAAGCAGGGGGAAUUAAAUGGUGACAGACCAAAGGAAGCCAUAGCUGUUAUCAAAACCUGGGGGCAGUCGUCCUCCCUUGCAGAAUAGGAUGGAGCAGCAGGGUGAUGGGCCUUAACUCCUGGCUGGCCACAGAGGGCUGCAGCUGUUUUCUGAAGAGGGGAAGGUUGGGCUUGGCUGCUGGGAAAUAACGGAGAGCGGCUCACAGGGUUUGUCCCAAAGGAUUCCAGAAGAUGGGAGAGACAGGAUCAGGCAAAGAAUGCUGCGGGGCCUUUCUCUAUCCUUCUUUCCCUCGUUCUUCACAGUGUUUUGCAGAGAGGACUUUGCGGCUUGUCCCAGCAGGGAAGAGUCCUCAGGCAGAAGAGUUGCCCAAGAACUCAGAAUCUGUUUCUCUCAAGUUGUUUCUAAAGGAAACCUUGGCUUUUUCCUUUUGUUCUGUUAGACUUGCAUGCAGGGGAAAAGGUACCAUUCAGCGCUUUCUUUACUUCUCACUGUAAGUGUGGGUUUCUGUCCAGUGAUGUGAGUUCAGUUAUUUCCAUGGUCUUGAGUGGUUGUGGCUCAUUAAACGCUGCUCAGCAGUGACCCAUUCCUGAUGCCUAAGUGCCAUCCUGGCAUGUUCUUGAAAAGGGCUGCUUGCUUGGAUCUCUGCCCCAGUGACUUUGGAUGCCCAGGGUGUUGCCAGCUGCUAUCCAUGAGUUCUGUCCUCUUCUCCAGAUCAUCUCCAGCAGCAGAGUUGAGUUGCUUCCACAGAAAGGUUCUUGAGACUGUAAAGUUGGUCAGAGCCACCACUAGCUUUUUACAUUCAACAGUAGACAUUAUAAAUAUGAUUUACAAUUAUCUGUGUUUUUUCUCUCCCCUCUCCCCCCUCUCUUUCUCUCUCUCAUACACACACACUGCCACAUGUGAGUAUUCAAGACCUAGCACAGGCCCCUUGAAUUUUCAUUUUGUGUACAUGUGUAUGUAUGUGGCAUAUAAUUGGAUUGUGCUUCUUCCCACUGCCUCUAUUUAAAGGGGGAGACGACAGAAACCUUUGAUGUGUCUUGCAAAGCAAAACUGAGUAUAAUCUACAGAUCUGCCACAUUCAUUUUUGCGGGCUGUCUUUAAUUGCUGAGGAUUUGGUGUUGCAGCCCCUCAAUUUUCAAGAGCAAAAAUGGGCUAUUAGUGUUUUUUAAAGUCACUAUUUGCAGAGCAUUUUGCUGUAUCAAGUUGGCCAUUGAGUUCAAAACUGAAAUGAACGUUCUUUUAUGUUGGCAAUGCUUGUAAGAAGACCUGUAGCCUCAAUCUCAGACAAGUUUAUUUUGUCAUUAGACAAAGUUCAAUUUACUGUUUCUGGGUCUUAAAAUUUGUGCUUUUCAGCCAGCUUUUUUCAAUUAUUUCCACAUUUUUCAGUGCAAGUAUAAUAGAAUGUAGGGCUCCUUUCAACUUCAGCCCAGGCAUGGGAGUGCAAAUCGGUUCAAGGAAGUCCUUUUACCUAGCAUAUUCAUGGAUCAUCUUCGCCCAUCCCCACCCCCACAUUGGGCCUGUUCCUACUGGUGGGGACAUCGCCUUUUCUCACUUCCUGAAUGCCCUGCAGUGAGACCUUGUAUGGGCCCUGAAGAUUCUGUGGGGCUGCUUUUUGCCCCAAGUUCCUGCUUCUUUGAGGAUCUCCCUUGAAAGUAAUGACUCAUGUUGUAGAGUUUUACAGUUUGAGCAGGAAGACAAAGAAGCUGCUGCUUCACUGCACCCCCCCCCCCCAAUUCGGUUUGACUGGGGCUCCUUGAUCCAUGAGAAUAAGACUCAUCAGGUCUCAGGCUGGGUAGGAUAGCUGCUCCCGCUCAGUUGCCUGGCAUCCAGGAAUGCUUUUGCCAUGGGUGACAUAAAAGAAGCACUGUUGGCAAUGCUGUCCUGCCCUCCUGAGAGGAUGGCUCUCAAUAAGCCUGCACCAGCCGUUUGGAUCACCCCAUGGCCUCCCUUCCCCAGGAACAUUUUGACAAGUUUCAGGCUCUUCCUUUUAAGCUCUUUAUUGGAAAAUAAGUUGUAAUUGCAACACCAACAGUUAAAUUAGCACAAUCACAGACUAAUCUGUUGUUCAAAAUGUAUACCUAUAAUUAUAUACAUAAGAAUGUAAACAUUAAAAAAAAUUCACAUGGUC